AUGUCACAGCCCAGUGGUACCGACUCCCGUGCACGGGGGCGUGAUGGGCGGGAGAGUGGCAGCGAACCCCAGCCCGUGGGGCAACCAAGUAACAUACCGCGGUACCGGCCGGAGCCACAGUUCGCCAGCCACGGCCAGCCUGUCUACAGUACUUCCCCGAACAGUGCAAGAAAUCCAGUGUUUCCUCGCCCAGCUCCACCCUCCAAUUAUGUCCCUGUCCCCGGCGCGGUGAGGGUUCCAGUGCGCCAACAAGUUCAAAACCCACCAGUUCCCUCUGCCGGCCGGGGCAAGGAAACUUACGGCUCCGCCCAAAAUCCAAUUCAGCAGACAACUUCGCGUGUCCAGACUUCUGCUGUGUCCCGUGGCAAUGACCCGUCGGUCACAGGUAGACCGACAACGACCACAUCUGCUCACAACACGGGUCAAGCGUCGAGGGGUGAUGCUGUGGAAAGCCUUGUCCCCGGCAUCGCUGGCAUUGAUCUUCAAACCCCACAACGACCUGACCAGAACAACGUGCCGGGUUCUCACCAACAACCCCAGAGCAUCAUUUCGCGUGCCCCAGCAAACGGUCAAAACGAAACCACGCCGCGAAAGUACUCCGUGCCAGCCGAAGCAACCUUCUUCCAAGUUCAGACCAAGCUGGAUGAGAGAUACUUUGUGAGGCAGUCAUCCUUUUACAUCAUCGGCAGGGUAUUCGCCGUACUCUGGCACGAGGGCUACAACAGCAUGACCUCUCAAAAUACCUACGUCAGCGACAACAACGACAACAAAGUCCAAGUCAGUACCGGCCGGUAUGGCGAGCCCAUCUACAGCUCCAUUCGCCGGAUGGUCGUGGUCCGCCAGGAUCGGGGCUAUUGCGUGUGCCUCCAGAUCAACACGUACGGGAACCGUGGCCUUUCCAAGUUUGGGAACUCGUCGGAGGAUGUCGAGGCUCAUUCGCGCAUCUUCAUGGUCGGCACGGAGCCCCGAUGGCUCGACCGGGAAAUCCUCACGUCGAGCAAACUGGACAUCGCAGUCAAGAAGGCCAGUCCGGAACAGAGACUGUCGGUCGCGAGCCGUCUCUGUUACGGUCGGGUCCACACCGUCGAACAUACAGUCAAAUCGAUGAACGUGGGCCUGGUGACGGACGCCACGCUGCCGUAUUUGCUGGGGUAUUUUCGAGACCGCCAGAACCGGAACGUCAGGUGA